UCUGACUUUCUAGAAUCUGGUGUAUCUGACUGAAUAGAUAUCUUGUUAUUGAUCUUAUAUACUUUAGUUUCCUAUUCUUUCCUCAUCUUCUUCACCAUUAUGGACACCUCUUACCCCCGUGAAGAUAUAUUUGCGUCCCACCCCAAUAAGCCAGCUAAUUCUCACACUGUUGUCAAUGUAGGGGCCCCCGCAGCGCCCAGGGACCACCUAUUGUGGUCUGUAUGUAACACCGUGUACCUGAACCUCUUCUGUCUCGGAUUCAUGGCGUUGGUCUACUCCGUCAAGGCACGAGAUCAAAAGGUACAAGGAGAUGAACGCGCUGCCCUCAUCUUUGGCAGGAAAGCACGCUGCUACAAUAUUCUGGCCACUAUAUGGAAUAUCACCCUGCCUGCUUUGCUGGUGGCUCUAUUCAUCACAGGCAUUGUGCACCUAUCACAGGUUGUAAAUGCUUCCGUUGACCUCUUCCACCUUCGAGACUACAUGGGCAGUACGGAAGAUGACAACAAGUAAUCCAAAAUCCAUUAUGUGAUCAUUAAAUCAGAUGGGCAACAACUGUGUGUACUUUGAGAAAACAAUAUAUAUAUGUUCAUAAUACCAAACAAUUCACAUUACUGACCAGCCAUACAGCCACCAUGAACAGUCCGAGCAUGCGGAAAAGUCCAUGUAACAUACAAAGAGAAGAGAAGACGUGUACAUCAUCAUCUAAAAUAUGGAAAGUUAAUCUCUUACUUUUGUAAACAAAAUCUGCAUCAUUUAUCUUCGGAGAAUUUUUUUUACAAUGGAUUUUGCUCAUUGAUAAAGAAUAGAUGUUUUGAUCAGUACAACAGAAAACCGAUCCAUCAGAAAGAGAGAAAAGUAAAAGGUUCUAUACAAAAAAAAUCCUGAUAUUAAAGAAUAAAUGAAAGGCUAUGUAUUACAGAUGUUAUUUUUAGAUUGUAAUAUCACAAGUACUACUAAAACAUCUAUCCAUUGUAUAUUCAGAAUUGUAGUAGAUAGCACUUCGGAUGCAUACAAAAAGAAUAGUAGACUCAUCAAUGUUAUCUGUUUGUCAUAUUAUAUUUAGAUUUUAAAUAAAUAAAGUAAAAUAUAUCAAA